GGGGCGGGCGGGAAGGCGGAAGGGCUGCGGGUAGGUAGCCUUGGGCGGUAACGCCGCGGCUCCCACCGCGUCUCCCGCGUUGCCCGGCCGGGACCAUGGAGGCGGCGCUGCUGUGGUUCUGCAACUGGAGCACGCUGGUCGUGUGCGCCGCGCUCAAGCUGCCGCAGAUCCACGCGCAGCUGGCGGCGCGCAGCGCGCGGGGCCUCAGCCUCCCGAGUUUACUCCUGGAGCUGGCAGGGUUCCUGGUCUUCCUUCGCUACCAGUGUUACUAUGAGAACCCACUGCUCACCUACCUGGAGUACCCCAUUCUCAUUGCCCAAGAUGUCAUCCUCCUGCUGUGUGUCUUUCAUUUUAAUGGGAACGUGAAGCAGGCCGUACCCUACCUGGCUGGAUUCGUGUUGUCUUGGUUCGUUCUCAGCCUGCAGAAGUGGAUCAUCGACCUGGCCAUGAAUUUGUGUACCUUCAUCAGCGCAGCCAGUAAGUUUGCCCAGCUCCAGUAUCUGUGGAAGGCUCAAGACUCGGGAGCUGUGAGUGCACUGACGUGGGCCCUGUCUGCGUACACCUGUGCAACAAGAAUAGUAACAACCUUAAUGACUACCAAUGAUUUCACAAUUCUUACACGUUUUGUGAUCAUGCUAGCUUUAAACAUAUGGGUAACAGCUACAGUACUGCGCUACCGGAAGCCUGCCGUCAAAGCUGAGUGAUGAAUGUUAUCCUACGCACAAAGUGGAAUCGAAGGAAAAGCACUAACGUCUUCUCAACAUUCAGUCAAUCGUUGCAGAAACUUUGAAGUCAGAGGUGGUUUAACAGCUUCGGAAGCACCUGUAGCCAGGUGUGGUGGCUGUAAUCCCAGCACUCAAGUAGGAGGGCCACAAAUUCAAGGCUAGCCUAACAGUAGAACUUGGGAAAAGAGGAGAAAGAAAGGAAAAGAACUACUCAGUAUGCCAUUUCCCCACCGCUACCUGCCCUCUGCUCACGAUAUAGCCCAGGCAGAACUUCAGGUGUGAUCCUCCUGCCUCAGCCUCCAGAGUGCUGGAAUUAUAGGCUAUGCCUCUUGAUGUAGCUUAACAUCUGCAACAAUUCAGUUGCCCAAGAAGGCUGACACUUACUCUUGGAAGAACCAACUGCAAUAUAGCAUUCCAAACCUUUUUAAGAAAUAGUCUCUCAAUCUGGUGGAGAGGCUCACGCCUGCAAUCCCAGCCACUCAGGAGGCUGAGAUCUGAAGAUAAAUGUUCCAAGCCAGCCGGAGCAAGAAAGUGAGAUUCUUAUCUCCAGUUAGCCACCAUAGAAAGCUAGAAGUGGAGGUACAGCUUGAGUGGUAGAGUGCCAGCCUUGAGUGAAAAAGGUCAGGGACAAGGCCCAGGCCCUGAGUUCAAGCCCAAGUACCACCACCACAAAAUAAGCCUUUCCACAAUUAAAAUGAACACUAGUGGAGUGGGAUUUUGCAGUUAGUAGUGGAACUGUAUGUAGUAAGGCAGUAGGGUUCAUGCCCUGGGUGUUUGAUUUUAGCAUAGGAAAACCAUCUUGGCCUUACUGUACAUCAUAAUGCAAUCAACGUGUGUCCAGGUUAAGCCAGGUUAUCAGAACAAGCACAGGUGUAAUUGGGUUGUGUACUCUAUGGUCUCUUCACUUCGUGCCUUUAAGAAAUCCCUAACCUAAGGUACUACUAUAGGCAAUCUCUACUUAGGAAGAGAUUGUGCUUUCAAGCACAAGUCUGUAUCUACUUUUUUAAAGGGCUAUACAGCUAUACAAUUACCGUUAACUGGAAUUCUGCACAAAAUAUCAGGCUGAAGUCACCGAAAACUACGUAGUAAAGGGGAUUGUGGUUGUUGGUUAUGGGGCUUGAACUCUGGGCCUGGGCGCUGUCCCUCAGCUCUUCAGCUCACUCUACCAUUG